CUUCUCUCAGCCAACUGUAAACCUGCUGUAGUUGUGCCAGAAUGAUAGAGGAAGAAGUAUAGAAAAGAAUAGCUGGUGCUUUUAUAUUCUUAGCCCUGUUUUCUGUGGACACUCAGACAUUCUCAGCCUCCUGUGGUCUUAAAUUCUCUUUAAUCUCUUCAAGUCUUCAUUAAAGGUACAUCAGACACUGUGAAAAUGGGCUGCUUUGGAUUUUUAAAAGCAAUGAUGUUCCUUUUCAACGGCAUCAUUUUUCUGGCCGGAGCAGGUAUCUUGGCUGUAGGUAUCUGGGUGAAGGUGGAUAAUAACUCUAUCAUGAGCUUUCUACAAGGCCUGUCUGGUGCACCAUCUGAGCUGAAGCAGAUUCUGAAUGUAGGCUACCUGCUGAUUGCUGUGGGCGCCGUGCUGAUGCUGCUCGGAUUCCUGGGCUGCUGUGGGGCUGUUCGUGAGAGCAGGUGCAUGCUGCUUACAUUCUUUGUCAUUAUCCUGAUAGUCUUCAUUGUCGAGGUCGCAGGAGCAAUAGUGAUUGUGGUCUUCAAGGGACUGAUACAAACUCUGAUAACACAAAUGGGAGUCAGCGUAGUGGAAAGCAUUCAACAAGGUUAUGGCACCAAUUCAGAUGUCACUGGUCUGUGGAACAGCACAAUGGACUUGCUGCAUUGCUGUGGAUUCAACAACUAUACAGAUUUCACAAAUUCCACUUACGUCCAAAACAACCACAAUCAGUAUCCAUCCCAAUGCUGUCAGCUACAACCCUGUUACUACAACAAUGCCUCAGCUGCGAAUAUUAAUGGAUGUUACCCUGCAUUGGUGAAACUUUUUGAGUCAAAUGCCGUGAUCAUCAUAGGGGUAGCUUUGGGCAUCGCAGCACUUGAGCUCUUCGCCAUGGUUGUCUCUAUGACCAUGUAUUGCCACAUAAAAUCUACAGCAGCCUAAAACAUGACCUAAAGGAGGACCCCAUCAUCUAAAAUUUACAAAAGCAUAUUUAAUAAAAAUAUGUGAUUUUUAGAUUUUUAUAAUUAAACUGUAUUUUUAAAUAUAUGAAUACUUGAUAUGUCUACAAUACCAUAUUUAUAUCCCAUAAAUGAUUUAUAAUAACUAUUUAAUUUUAUUGUUGAUUUAAAUAUGUGAUUUUUAGGGAAUUCGGUGUUUACUGGCAUUGUCUUGAUUGACAAUGUAAAGAUUAAAAAUGCGUUUUCAGCCAGUUUUACAGAUGAAGUGUCCAUUUUGUAAUAAUUUAAUAUAUUUUAAAAUGCACCUUUACAAAUAUUGUUCUGUGUUAAUAAUUUGCAAAUUAAAUAAUUCAUCUAUAUAUUUAAUCUAUAUAUAAGUGAAUACUUCGAGCGUGCCAAUAUAACAUGUACAGUAUAUUUUAUGUCAAUAUAAAAUAUGACAGAAAGUAUAAACAUGUUUAUUUAAUUUUUUAAAUGUAUACAUAUGCAAUGCAGUAAUACAUACAUUUAAAAAAUUAUUCAAUAACUCAUAUGGAAAAAUAAUGCCUUUUUAAACACUUCAGGGGCCAGCUACUGUAAUUGUUUUGUUGUAUAUUAAUCUGCCUCAAAACUAAAUAGUCAAUGUACUGUAUGUAUUAAUGCUGCAUUAUUUUAUUUCUCUUAAGAAGUGUCAUGAUAACAUAAAUGACUUUUUAUUACA